AUUAUAAACUCAGGUACUCACUUAAGUUCUGACUUUGAAUGAAAAUGUCUGUUUGAUUAGAAAUAAAUUCUCAUUAAUCUGUGAUUUUCAUAACCGAUUUAGAAACUAGGUUCUCACUGCCAGAUAUAGAGCGAGAACAAUGGCCAGUGACGGUCAUAAAAGGACUUUCCUCUCCCUGCUCGAAUCUUGUGACAAUUUUCCCUACGACAUCAUACCCUCAGAAGUAUACUACCAGCUCUUCCUCCCCAACGAUGACCAACCGCACGGUUAUCUGCUCCCGGAAACCGUCCAGAAAAUGCCCUGGACAGCUCACUUCCAAGUGACCCACAUCCAGCCCCGGAGCGUCACCGUCCUGGACUCAUCCAAGGGCGCCGACACGCCCGGCGCCGUGAACGCCGCCUUCGCGGAGCUCAUCAACACGUGCAUCGAGCAGAAUACGUUCCACGUCAUAGCCCGCACGCACAGCGAGCCCUUCGCCAUCCUCAGCGCCCGGUACCCCGUGCGCAUGGAGCGCUUCGCGUCCGCGCUGUUCGGGAUCACGAGCCAGGGGGCGUAUAUCACGGCGUACACGCGCGAUGCGGCGGACGGCCAGAUGCGGCUUUGGAUCCCGCGGCGGGCGAAGCAUCUGUACACGAGCCCCGGGUUGCUGGACUCGACGGUGGCGGGCGGGAUCCGCGACGGCGAGACGCCGCUGGAUACGCUGAUUCACGAGGCGGAUGAGGAGGCCUCGCUGCCGGAGGAGCUGGUGCGCGAGCGUGUGCGCAGCGUGGGCGUGCUGACGUAUGUCUGCGCGACGGCGGAUGAUUUCCCGGGGGAGAAGGGCCUGGUCAUCCCGGAUAUCAUAUACGUGCACGACCUCGAGCUGCCGGGCGACGUCGUCCCGAAGCCGAAUGACGACGAGGUCGAGGUGUUCUACUCGAUGAGCGUAGAGGAAGUGCGGGAGCGGCUUUUGAAUGGAGAGUUCAAGCCCGACUCGGCGGCGGUGCUGAUCGAUUUCUUUAUUAGGCAUGGGAUCAUAACAGCGGCGAAUGAGAGGGAUUAUAUCGAGCUGAAUACGAGACUGCAUCGGAGGUUGCCUUUUAGGACGCCUUUGCAGAAGUUGAUGUAGGAUAAACCAUAUAUUAAGAAGAUAUGGAGGAUGAGAUUAGACGGGUGGGUGGCAUUAUCGGCAUAAAGGGACUUCGAUCUUAGACAAGGUAGAGAUUAGAGUUAGCGUUGAAGAGCCAUACGAUUCGAAGAUAGUUGGCCUUUUUAUGGCUGCUAAUACUUGAACUCUUAUGAUUAACUGA